AUGUACUCGACACGAUUAUUCCAGCUACUCAUCGUAGCACUCUCCUUUCUUCAUGUCGCCCACACAUUCAUGAUCGACGCGGACGCCAUUGGCAAGGCAAGCUUCGAGAUCAUGGAGAGGCAAGCAGGCGGAGAUGACGACCAGGACGAUGCCAGCGCUACGGGAGCCGCCGUUACAUCAGCGACAGCAACUGACGAUGAUGCCACACCAACCAGUAGCAUCGUCAGCGUCGAGACGACCACCUCUGCAGAGCCUUCAUCGACGAUCUUUACGUCUACCACGCCGCGCACGACGAGCACAACUCCUCGCACAACCUCGACGCCUUCCUCAACCUCCUCGGACGAGCCAACUAGCACCUCCGAGUCAUCCUCCACCACAUCAUCCGAGGAGUCUUCAUCAACCUCCAAGACCACGUCUGUCCCACUAUCCACUAAGACUGUAGUGGUCAUGACUACCGCUUCUGAUGGGUCUACUUCGUCCUACACCUCCGAGUCUGUCACGACCCCUACUGCCAGUCUUUCAAGCAACGGCAGCGACAAUGACAAGGGUAUGUCGACCAAGACUAAGAACACCAUUAUCGGAGUCGUCGUGGGUGUUGGUGGUGCGAUCAUCCUGGCCGUCGGUGGUCUCUUCGCCUGGAGAAUCUGGGGCCGCAAGAAGAGUGCCGAUGAGAACGAUGAUCUGAUGGGCUACAACAACGGCUUCGGUCAGCCCGAGCAGAAGAGCGACGCUGGCGGCUCCCCCGGUAACGGUCGAUCACCCUUCCAGAGCACGCUCGAGAGCUAUCACGCACCUACCCAGGUGAACGCGUCGUCCAAUUUCUAG